CCUAAAACCAAACGCCUCUCGCUAUCUUUCCCUCCCUCCAUGACGAUCUCAGCCAACUAGAGUAAAAUUCGAACAUCGAUGGACUAUUCGUGAUCUCUUCUAGGAAUUGCUCUUGCGAGGGUUUCUCUUUUUCUUUCUAAAGAUGGACGAAGAUUUGUUGAAGCGAAACACUGAUUGCGUCUAUUUCUUGGCUUCCCCUCUCACUUGCAAGAAGGGAGCUGAUUGUGAUUAUCGGCAUAAUGAAAUUGCAAGGCUAAACCCAAGGGAUUGCUGGUACUGGUUUUCUGGAAGCUGCCUUAAUCCAACUUGUGCUUUCAGACAUCCUCCACUGGAAGGGCAUACUGGAGUGCCAUCUGAACCUACACAAACUUCUUUACCUGCAAACAAGACAACUGUUCCCUGUUAUUUUUUCUUUAAUGGAUUUUGCAAUAAAGGCGACAGAUGCUCAUUUUUGCAUGGGCCUGAUUAUAGUUCUUUUCCUGGUAAGGCUGGGAAGAAUGACUCUGGAAGCAAUGAUGCACUGCCCAUAGAAAAUAAAACAUCAUCUGGAAAUAAAACAGGUGUAGCAUUAGCAAUAACAACAACCGAAACAUAUCCUGAUUCAUCUGAAAUUGCCCCAAAGGCUCUGCAUAAUUGUAAAUUUGACCCUGAUGAAGAUCCUCAGCGACCAGUACUGAAAAAUGUUAAACAGCAAAAUAGUCCACCUGAGAUGUCUGCUUAUGAAUAUAAAGAAGCCAGUGUGAUAAGGCCAGACUCUAUAUAUCCAGAAAAGGACUUUGUUCAUAGCAUUUCCCAUAUAUGCACUGAUCAGAGUACAGAUGAGCAAGUGAAUAAUCACAUGGGACCUGAGGAACGAUUGGAAUCAUCCCCUGGAUUUGAUGUUCUUGUUGAUGAUAAAAUGGUGGACUCGGCCUAUGAGGAUGAUUCUGAAUAUUUACCAAUGCUUGAUGGGGAACACAGGGAAUUGAACGGGCAGUACUUGCAGUAUGAAUUCAAAAACACAGUCGAGUAUGACCCUGAAUGCUCAGAAGCUGACAUUUUGUAUGAAGAUAUGUAUGAUGGUUGCAUUUAUGGAGGUGAUCAUAGUCUGGCUGAUGACAGAAGAGUUCCUGCUUUUUCCAGAGAGAGAAUCAUAGACUCUAUAUUGUCCAGGAAGAGGAUUCGGAUGCCAGCUGAAAUGGCUGCUUGUGACAGGAACUUAGAUCUACGGGACCAUCUGACGAGACGAAGAGAAACUGAUGGUCGACCUGUUACAGGCUUUUUGAGAAGACGUGAAUCAUCUUGUCUGGUGAUUCAGAACCACGAGAGGUUUAGAAGACACGGUUUUGAUCAGCAACUCAGUAGAAGGUUGACAUCAGAGGUGGGAUUUAGCAGCAUAGACUCAAAGGGCGAGGGUGAAACUUGGCACAGGUUAUGGCACCCUCUGCAACGUUCAUCAAGGAAGCAGCACUUUAAAGAAAACCAAGCUCAACGACGGUUUCUUCCAUCUAAAAUCUUCAGGAAACCACUUUCAAAGCGGAGGUAUAAUCCCGCGUCUGCCACGUCUACAUUUCACGGACCGAAGAGUCUAGCAGAAAUUAAAGAAGAGAAGAGGACUGCUGCAAAAAAAGGGCAUUUCAAUAGUACUUCCACUGACUUCCAGGAUCCCAAGCCUCUUAGUGAAAUCCUUAAGGACAAGAAGAGGUUGGAUUUUGUGUGAGAUGGCAAUCAAUCCCUAUGACAAAUUCUUACUAAGAUUAUGAUUAAUGAUUCUUACAGACUAAUAUUUCUGUUGAAUGUGCUUUCUAACGACCUCAGUGACAAUCCGGUGAGUUGAAGAGAGGUAGUGUAGGGUUCAUGGUGGACAUUUCUAGUGCUGGCCUCAUUCAUUGGUUUUUCUCCUUCCAACCUAGUUGAAUAUAUUAAAUUGGAGUAGGAUUAAUGAUUGACAUGAUGUGUGUGGAAUUAGCCUUCUUGUAUUUCUUGUAUAGGUCUGCUUAUAAACUUCCCUUGUUGAUUGAUGCUUAUGUACCGAAGUUUUUUACCCGAGUGCAACUGGUGUUUAUUAAGCGGCUGCUUCUUGUUUUUU